AUGGCUCCCAUCCCAAUCACAAUCGUCACCGGCUUCCUAGGCUCCGGCAAAACAACCCUCCUCCUAAACCUAAUCCCCCAACUACCGCCAACCUACCGGCUCGCCCUCCUAAAAAACGAAUUCGGUGACGUCGCAGUAGACUCCCAACUCGCCUCUACAUCCUCCAUCUCCGGCGUCCGCGAACUCCUGAACGGCUGCAUCUGCUGCAACCUGGUCGGCCAACUGAGCGACGCCCUCGAACAACUCCGCACAACGGUCUCGCCGGACCGCAUCGUCAUCGAGACUUCUGGCAGUGCAUUCCCCGCCACGCUGGCGAUGGAGGUGAACCGGCUUGCGCGGGAGGGGGCGGAGUUUGUGCUUGAUGGGGUGAUUAGCGUGAUUGAUGUGGAGAAUUGGGAAGGUUAUGAGGAUACGAGUUAUACGGCGAAAUUGCAGGCCAAGUAUACGGAUUUGAUUGUGUUUAAUAAGUGGGAGAGUGUUGGGGAGAGGAGGUUUGAUGUUUGCUUGGAUCGGGUGGGUGAUUUGGAGGUUGAGACGCCGUGGGUUAAGAGUGAGAGGGGAUUCGUGGAUAAGAGUGUUUUGUUGGGGAUUGAUGGGGCGCUGUUUGCGAAGGAGGAGGGGUUGUUGGAGGCUGGGAAUGGUCAUGAGGAGGGUCAUGAGCAUAAGCAUGAUCAUCAGUCUGAGGUGGAGGUUUUGUCCGUGUUGUUGAAGGGGGAGAAUGUGGAUGUUGAUGCUUUGGAGCGUCUGUUGCAGUUGGCGCCUAGAGAGGAAGUGUACCGCAUCAAGGGUUUUAUUCGCUGCUCGGCUGCGACGCCUCCUAUCGAGUCUUCGGAUGAUAUGGAGUCGAGGAAGGUGGGCGAUGCUUCGGAAACGAGGUAUUAUAUCCUCAACUGGGCGUUUGGCCGAUGGACAUGUACCCCGUCGACGGUGGUUGCAGAGUCGGCUGACGAGUCUGUCGCGGCUCGAUUGACCCUCAUUUUGGCGCGGUAUGAGUCCGGCAAGUGGAAGAAGAAGUUGGAGGCUGGUGGUUUUGUUCAGGUUGCUGGAGGAGAGACGACGGAGUUGACCGUGGAGCGAUUGGUUUGA